CUCCAACAUGGCUGCGCCCAGUAUUGCCAUGGAUAGCAACCAUCAAAGUAAUGGCAAACUCGGUAAAACUGAAAAGAAGUUCUUAAGGAAACAGAAUAAAGCCAGGCACACUUUGCUGAGACAUGAAGGCAUUGAAACAGUAUCCUAUGCCACUCAGAUCCUGGUUGUUGCCAAUGGUGGUUUGGGUAACGGUGUGAGUAGGAACCAACUGCUUCCGGAAUUAGAGAAACUCGGACAGGUGGAUGCUCUCUUAAUGCCACCUAAUAAGCCCUACUCAUUUGUAACGUACAAAACUAUAGAGGAAUCCAAGAAAGCCUAUGUUACCCUCAAUGGACAAAAAAUAGUGGAUGAUUUAGGACAGAAGAUCAUUCUGUACUUGAAUUUUGUGGAAAAAGCACAGUGGAAAGAGUUGGGGCUUCAAGCCUUACCUCCAGGCCUCAAAGUAGUAGAAGAAAUUAUUUCUUCUGAGGAUGAGAAACUGCUUUUGGAAAGUGUUAACUGGACAGAAGAUACAGAUAAUCCAAAUUUUCAAAAAUCUUUAAAACACAGAAGAGUAAAGCAUUUUGGUUAUGAAUUCCACUAUGAGAAUAACAAUGUACAUAAAGAUAAGCCAUUACCUGGAGGUCUUCCUGACAUUUGUGAUAGCAUGUUGGAGAAAUGGUUGAAAGAAGGCUUCAUUAGACACAAACCUGAUCAGUUGACUGUGAACCAGUAUGAACCUGGGCAUGAUCGUCAUGGAUUUUAAGCACCCAGAUGGUGUCACAGUGCCCGUCAUGUUGCCUCGUCGGAGUUUGCUGGUGAUGACAGGAGAAUCUAGAUACCUUUGGACCCAUGG